AUGGCUCUUGCUGUGGUGCUGCUGCUAGUAGGCGUGGUGGGUGCGGCGUCGCCGCUCCGUGUGGGCUUGGUGACGGACCUCGAGCCCUUUGUCUUUGCCGACCCGGCCGGUCGCUUGCGCGGCUUCGACAGGAACCUCCUCGAUGCGCUGGCCGGCGAGAUGAAGCGUGAGGUGGAGCCUGUGUUGUUUGCGACGAUUCCUGAGCUGCUCGAUGCGCUGGCGGUCCCUGCAGGCGCGUCGAACGCGUCGCUCGACUUUGCGCUCUCGGCGCUCUCGGUCACCCUCCCGCGGCAGCAGGCGUUUGACUUUUCGCAGCCGUACUUUGACUCGGGCUUGGCGGUGCUGGUUAGCUCAUCGAGCGGCGGGCACGCCGCGAUUGUGGACGCGCUCUUCUCGCCACUCUUUCUUCUCCUCAUCUUCAUAUUUGUCCUUGGCCUGCUCGUCUUUGGCCACUGUCUCUGGCUCUGCGAGCGGCGGACGAACUCGGAGCGCUUUGAUGGCGUGUGGUGGGCGUCGGUCACCGCCACCACCGUCGGCUACGGCGACAUCUCACCGCAUUCGCGCGCUGGCAAGCUCGCUGCCAUCUUCAUCAUGUUCUGGGGCCUUGUUGUUACUUCGUUUUUGUCGCGCGUCGGCAUUGUCAUGGGCCAAGCCUCGGCAGACUACGCCACCACUCACAUUCCGGCCCAAUUUCACAACUACGUCGAUCUCAACCGGGCCGUCGACGCUCUGCUGGCCGGCGAGCUCGACGCCAUUGUCGACGACGCCCCGCUCGUCCUCUACUUUGCGUCGAAAGCAUCUGGGGGCCGCGCCAAGGUUGUCGGCGACAUUUUCAACGACCAGCGCUACGCCGCCGGACUCCCGUUUGCCUCGCCCAUCGCCGAGGAGCUCAAUGUCGCGCUGGCCAAGCUCGAGUCCGACGGCACCAUUGCCAGCCUCUACCAGCGCUGGUUCGUGCCGACCCAUGGCGAGACUGGCGAGAACGGCAGCGAUCAGAUCAAUGUCUCACAUGGUAACCUUGUCGGCUUUGGCACCGCCAUGGGUGUCGUUCUCACCAUGACUCUUGUGGGCUGCAUCGCCGCAACCGCCUUUGCCCGCAACCGCGACGCUGCCGAUGCGAGCCGCCUACCCAGCACUCCCGGCAUGGCUGACGCCCUCGUCGCCAAGCCUGGCGGCGGUUGUGACUUGGAAAUGGCCCCGCUUGUUCCGCCUCGUAACGCCGACUCGCAGCUCUCGCUCCUCACGGCCGAAGUUCUCGAACUGAAGGCCAUGGCGCCGCGGCCACCUUGA